AUCCUCCUGCUAGUGCGUGUGGUACGUAUGUGCUGUGUUCUGAAGAACGGUGCCAUUGAAAAAUAUCUACAUUUCGUGUUUUCGCGUUUAAGUUUUCUACUAAAAUGUAUUGAUUUGUGACAGAAAACCGUCUCACACUCGAUGAAACCACGAUCGAAACCCGUACCGUCAGAAAGUGAGAGCUGGAGGUGUUUGACUCAGUCGUACGAACAGUGGGGCGAUACGUAAACAAUUUUUCUCAAAUCGGAACAGGAAUUGAUCCGGCGAUAUUCGUCGGUGGAAGAGCAGAACCCAUUCUGAAGUUGACAAAUGAUAUCAACUGGAUAAAAAUGUUCCAUCAUCCUCGAAAUUGGCUGUGAUAGGUAUCUGACUGUAUGCAUAACUCAUCCGAACAAGCAACGUUUCGAGUCAAAUACUAGUUAGUAAGAGUUGUUGAUUCCGAAGAAAGAAAACAACGCGUCUGUUCGAAAAAAUGGAAAUGUCAGAACUUCCAGAAGCAAAGGUAUCCAGCUGCAGUAAACCUUUUCAGUGUUCGGAAUGUAACAAACAGUUCCGGCAGCUGAGCACAUUGACAAACCAUAUGAAAAUACACACUGGUGAUAAACCUUACAAAUGCACAAUAUGCUCGAAAGAAUUUCGCCAAACUACGACCCUGUCCAAUCAUAUAAAAAUUCACACGGGGGAGAAGCCAUUUCAUUGCACUUACUGCGGCAAACAGUUCCGUCAAUUGAGUACACUAUCUAAUCAUCUUAAAAUCCAUACUGGAGAGAAACCCUACGAAUGCUCAGUCUGUGGAAAACAGUUCCGGCAGAGCAGUACGCUGAACAGCCACAUCAGGAUUCACUCGGACGACAAGUAUUCUGUGAAACCCUUCAAAUGCAGCGUCUGCCCCAAGGAAUUCCGCCAGACUACAACCCUGUCAAACCACCUGAAAAUUCACACCGGUGAAAAACCCUACAUUUGUACAUAUUGCAAUAAAAGUUUUAGACAGACAGGAACGCUCUCAAACCACUUGAAAAUUCAUACCGGAGAAAAACCUUACGAAUGCUCUGUGUGCCGAAAACAGUUUCGACAGUCCAGUACGCUGAAUUCUCACAUUCGAAUCCACGCGGAGGACAAGAUAUGUAAAACAUCUUCAUCUCCUCUGCCGACAACAGUGACAACGAUUACCAUGAAGCUCGACGAAAUGAAGCCUCCGCUUUACACCAUCAUUUAGGCAUAAACAAUUUUUUUCAAGCGCAACAACUAUCCGAACUAGGAAAAACUUCAGUUACUGAAAAAAUGCAAUUUAUGUUAUUCUGUUAAAUUUUGCAUCGAAAUCAAUGGUCCCAGUCAACCGAAUUGAUAAUCACAACCCUAAAGUUUUCUGCGUGCACUGUUGCACUCGGAACUUGAAGACAGAAAACAAAAACCGCGGACAAUAUCAUGAGCCUCAUUUUCAUUUACCAUUAGCCUUAAUAAAUUGCGUCGGGAUCCUACAAUAAUAAUAGCAUACCCAAUCAGCUUGCAGUGGCAUUAAUUUGGCCCCUCCUUACCGUUCGGCUGCGAACUUAGGUUUUCCGAACGAUUGUAGUCUUGUCGGAGUUGAGAAGACAUUAACCAAACGAGCGUCACAGAUGUUGGCACUGUUGGAAAACAUCGGUCAUUAGAGAUGCUACGUGACGCUGAUAAAAAUCGUCGAGAAUUCGUUUGUGGAAGGAGCAAAUGCACAGACGCGAUUCGUUGAUCAGCUUGUUCGUAAAUUGGGUAGUAGCAAUUGAUCUUCACUGACAUCGUUGAAAUCGGAAAUGAGCUGAGAAAAUGACAGUCUUGUUUGUGAGAAUGCGAAUAGGGAUGCUCAAUAUGUGGAUUUUUCAUUUAAAUUAAAACUUAAAACCAGGAAGCACAGAAGCAGUUGAUUGCAAAGACUGCAAGACCUGUCCGUCUGUUUGUAAAGCGAAUGUUUAUUGGAAGAGAAAAUUUAGCUUAUUUCUACGCAAGCGGUCUGCACGUAGAUCGUGUGACAAAAGUGGUAUGCUAUUGCUCAAGAUUUUUGAAGUUGUAGAAGACUAAAUUCAUAUGAACCAUUUAAAAUUUGAUGUUGUGUUUGGAAACGUUAAACUCAACGGCUUGCUUUCAUUGAAUUGGCUUUGUUCUGCGAGCAGUACAAGUCUCUGUCGCACCACGAACCCAAAUCGGAAAAAUGAGGCCAAAAAUGUUUUGAUCUUGAGGAACGUUUCGUCAAAUUUGUGCUUCGUGGAAUUGUACUUUUUUGAUAAGUGUUUUAAAAAAUUCCUUCAAAAUGUCGUAAAACAUCAAGUUGUUUGAGAUGUUAUUUUUGGAGACAAACGAAUAUUUCAAAGUAAGUUUUGAAAAUGACCUUGAAGUCCAUAAAGUUUUACCCCGCUCGAAACACUGUCAAAAAGAGCAACUUUCCUCCCCAUUGACCAUCCCUACCGCAUAGCACUUAUAGAUAGGGCGAGAUUGAAGUAAAGACGGAUGAUCGAAUAUUUCGGGAUGAUAUUGAACUUUUUUCAUGCCAAACCUGAUUGAGGAUUGCGCUGCGGUCUCUCUCUGAUCGACAACUUGGACAAAACAAGUUGUUCAGCUUAAAAGAUGUCAGCCGCGCAGGUAGAUAGGCAGGACAACAUCGUCGUUACUGAUGGUGUCAGUGAAGAGAAGAAAAAAAGCAACAUUAGCGAUAAAAGUAAAUGAAAGCAAGAGUGGAAACGUACAUAUAUCUCCUACCUGGUUCAUAAUUAUAUGAUUAAAACAAUAUAAAUUACGAACAGCAAAUUACUGUACCGUAUGUUAUUAUCCACGAUAGCAAUUAUUAAAUGAAAUUUUGAUUAAACGUAAUCUGAGAUCAAGCUGAAGAAGCAAAAUGCAGCAAAUCGGAUCCAAAUUCAACCUGCGAAAAAAAAGGAAUCAGUCUGUAAGUACUCCAUCAGCGAUAGCUCCUCUCGGAGAAGAUACACGUGAUAUACAAGGAAUGGUCGGGUAAUAAAGUCAUUAGGGAUUGUGGUCGUGUAAAUAUACGGGCCUAAGCGAUAUUUUGAGGCAAGCAGCGAGGAGUGGCUUCCACAACGGAACAUAACAUAUAUGUACGUACCGGUAUAUUAAUUUAUUAACCAUCAAUCAACGUACCGUAAUCAGGUGCAGAUCAGCUAUUGCCGGAAAAGAGGGUUGAGCAAAUUAAUUUUUAGCUACACAGACACAGAAGAAAAAAAACAAAAUUCAGCUUAACUGGUCGAAACGAUUGGAUCAGGUAUGGGGCAGUGAUGAUCAUUGAAGCAAGUCAAGGGAAUCAAGUUUUAAGAAAACUUCUCAAAUACAGGAAUAUUGACUCCGAAUUUCGGCAGAACAUGGAGGGUAAACUGGCUGAACUUUGUAGUGCAAGAGAGCGUAUAGGCGUAAUCGCUAUAUAUUCUGCUAAAACGAAGGUAUACAUAUUAUGUGAAUAAUAAAUGUUUUUUUUUAUUGAAAAGAAA